AUGUCCGAAUUUGGAGGCCCUUCUGAACUGGUCCAGAACACCUCAGCCAACACCUCCUACAGGGAAUUCCUCCUCCUCGCCUUCCCUGGCUUCCAGAAGUCCAGGUACCUCCUUGCCAUCCCCUUCUUCUGCAUCUACCUGAUGAUCAUCUUAGCCAACUCUCUGCUGAUCUACACCGUGAAGGCGGAGAGCUGCCUCCACUCGCCAAUGUACCUCCUUAUUGCGCUGCUCUUGGCGGUCAAUGUUUUUGGGAGCACCACAGUCCUCCCCCAGAUGUUGCUGAGCUUCCUGUUCGGGAUCAGCAGCAUCUCUCUGACCGGCUGCCUGGUCCAGAUGUUCUUCCUCUACCUGGCCAUCAUGCUAGACACAGGCAUCCUCCUCAUGAUGGCUUUGGACAGGUACGUGGCCAUCUGCCACCCUCUCCACUACGCCGACAUCUUGACCGGCAAGCUCCUGGGGCUCCUGGCGGCUGCCGCUCUGGUGCGGAGCGUGUCCAUCGUCAGCCCAGUGGUGAUCCUGGCCUCCCAGGUGCGCUUCUGCCGCUCCAACGUCAUCGAGCACUUUGCCUGCGAGCACAUGGCCCUGAUGAAGCUGUCUUGCGGGGACACCUCCAGGAACCGGGUGGUGGGCAUGGCCGUGAGGUCCUUCACCAUCGUCUUUGACCUGGUCUUCCUCGCCCUGUCCUACAGCAAGAUCAUCCUCACGGCCCUGAAAAUGGCCUCUGGGAGCUUCCGCCACAAGGCCUUCCACACCUGUAGCACACACCUCAUCGUCCUCUUCAUCGGCUACUCCUCCUGCCUCUCCUCCUCCAUCGUCUUCCGCCUGGCCAAGUCGGCCUCCCAAGACGUCCACAACCUGCUCAGCGUCAUGUACCUGCUGUUCCCCGGGGCCAUCAACCCUGUCAUAUACGGAGUGAGGACCAAGGAGAUUCGGGAAAGCAUCCAGAGGCUUUUCAGGAGGUGGAGGUGGACUCUGUUUGGUCCCCGGAAAUUAGGCACCUGA